AUGGAAAACGUGAUUCGUGAGGAUCAAAACACUCGCAAGACAUGGAUACUAUCGAGUUGUGGAAGGAAGUACUUGCAACUGCAAUUUUCGCCCAGUCAAUUGAAAUCCAUGUUGGAGUUCUGUGAACAUUUUUCCUCCAGACGGCCAAUUAGUUCAUUGGAUUACAUCGAGUGCAGCUUCAAGCGACACAUUCUAAUCGUUUUAUUUGAAAGUGUCCUGCUUCGACAGAACCACGGCAAGACACGACAAAUGGAUCUUGGAACCGAUAUAAACGAAUAUAAGCAGUGCCUCAUGCAAAUGAAAACAGGAUAUUCGACGUUUUGCCUUGAAGAGGAGCUGAUAGACGAGACCUGCUUGUGGUGGAUCGAGCUGCUCACUUGCGCAUAUUUUUGGAAAAACGGACGAUUGAAAGAAGCUCGACAAAAAUACCUUGUUAUCAAAAGCAUUCCGAAGUCCCUCCUGAAAAAAAAUCUGGCUUUGGCUGUAGUGCACAGCUUCUGCGCCGUUAAGCUUUCGGUGGAGGACACCAAGCGACAGCACGUCGAACAGCUAAUAUGGAUUCAUUGCGUUCAGGCUCGAAAACGCAUGCGGUUGUAUGCCCAGGAAACGCCUCAGGAUACAUUCUUGGAAAACUUGGCACUCGCACUGUCCGUCGAUUGGCAGCUUCAAAGCCUGAUCAAGAUACUGUCCGUCGUUCACGGUCCUCAGCGGUCGACUGCUGCCAGGUAUGUUCCACGUCAGCUGAAAUUGUUAUACAGUGAAGGACUUGUGCUGCUUCGUCGUACGGUCGUCGUCGAUCACAGGUUACAGCUAAAGGAUUUGCUGCACGAGGUAUGCUGGCGAAUUUUAAACAAUAUGAAUCCCAUCGUCACAAAGCAGAUCAUAAUUGAACUGGUAAAGGCAGCCAACGAACCGCUGCUUAAGCUGCUACUGCCAAAGAUGUGCAAUAGCGUCGAUUUGAAAAUCGUUGAAUCUGUACUAAAGCUGUCUUAA